GCAAUUCAAACCGGAAAUACGAAUACCAACGACGAAGAACCAACGUAACUAUUCGGGAACUAACAGGAGCUUAACAUUAGUUAAACGUGCACAAAUACGUAAGAUGACGCCAGCCUGUUUAUCUACGCAAGCAAUGUAAAACGUCAACACCCUCCACCCCACCUCCACAGCCAUGCCAGUCCAGUUUGUUUACUGGAAUCAAGACUUUACAAAAGAUGUGCCCGUCAAUACCAAUAACACGUCGGCAUGGAAAUCGAGGUUUGACACUGCCAUUCAAGCUGGAUGGAUGGACAGGAUGGAGAGGGGGCUCCUUCGCUAUCGUUUGGACGAUUUACAGACACGUAUCCUGCCUGGCCCCUGUGGUUUUGUUGCCCAGUUAAAUAUCAAGAGAGGACUAGAGCGAAGAAAGCCUCAAGAGAUCCUAAGUAUUCAGCAAGAUUUCAAUGCUGAGCUGUUUCAUUUUAACAAAGUCAAUCCAGAUGAGAUCAUAUUUGAGAUGAUUAAGGAAUCUGAGGAAGGGCAUGAAAUUGGCCGUCAAUCGUGUAAGACUAUUGUGUUGGUCAAUGUCAGUCCUCUGGAGUUUGGACAUUGUCUUUUUGUUCCAGAUCCAGCACGCUGCUUUCCUCAAAUCCUCACAAGGUUUGCCGUUGAAGUUGGUAUUGAAUCGGUCCUGCUCAGCUCUGAUCCAUCUUUUCGUGUAGGCUUCAACAGUCUCGGGGCAUUUGCAUCUGUCAAUCAUUUACAUCUUCAUGGAUAUUACUUGAAGUAUAAGCUCAGGAUUGAAACUAUUCCUGUCCGUCCGCUUAUUCCCGACAAAGGAUUUUAUACUUUGGGAGGAUUUCCUGCAGGUUUUCUAUUCUACACCGAAUCCAAGGGAGUGAAGGAUGUCGCCAGUGCCAUCUGUCAUGUCACUGACUUUCUAGUGGAGGCCAAUGUCGCUCACAACCUCUUCAUGACCAGAGGAGCCCCACCCUGCGAAGACGAUGAUGACAAGUUAUUAAGAAAAGGCGUACGCAUUGCCGUGUGGCCCAGAGUAGCUUGUUUUGGUACCAAAGAGGAGUCCGCUCUCAAUGUUGCACUAUGCGAGCUUGCUGGACAUCUACCAUUUAAGAACAAGAAGGCCUAUGAGCUCACCACUGAGUCACGUGUUAUAGAAAUCAUUCAGCGUUAUCUUCUCCCGCAUGAAGAUUUCCUACAAUUGGAAAAGCAGCUGACUCAUCAUUUAAUGACACUGUAAUGAUUUGACAAAACAUGUUGAGUUCUGCUCAGUCCUUAUAAUAUUAAUAAAUGACAAAUUUAAACUUUGCCAAGAGUGUGUGUGCGGUCACUUUCAAAGAUGCCAACAGUUUUCCCAAAUAAUGAUAAAAACCAGAGAGAGAUUAUUAGUAGUCAAGGAGGCCGUUAUUUAUUUUUCAGUAAAAGGGAAAAAAUAUUUACAUAUACUGAGUGAUUGAUGGAUAUAAGUAGAUAUACUGAUGUAGUGUACAGUAAAUAUCACAAGAUAAAAGAUGUAAUUCUGACCUUUUGGGUUACAUUCAUCUUUUGAUCAGAAACCCAAUAUAUGAUAUGAACCAAAGUAGCCUACAAUAUAUUGAAAAAAAGGACUCCACUAUACUAAGACCAAAUCUUCCCAAUCAGCGUGUAGGCCAAUAUGAAUCGAAGUCGAGCAUGAUCCCAGUGGAGUUUUAUCAUGUGCUUGAAUGACAUCACCAAGACAGUGAUGCCAACACAAAUGAUUAGUGCAGCGAGGUGUGUUUUCAUCUGAUGAUGACGACCUUGUUUUUCCUCAAUAUCAAAACACAUAAU